UCGCGUCAUGGGGGGUGACGCGUAUCUGCCACCGGAGUCACUAGAGCGCGACGGGACAAGGACAUCCCGUCCGGCUAAACCGUCCCGCUGGGCCAAUUGUGUGUCACUUCAUCGGUCUCUUGAUUUGAUUCGAUACGCGUUGGACGUGGGUGUGGUUUUGACUGACAAGCCAAAUGCGCCAAUCCGCUUCGAGAAGGCGGUUGAAUGUAUUCUGUGCGGAUACGUGGGUAUCGAAGUUCUUUUCGAAAUGAGUUUCCACUACGGCCAGGGUUAUCCAGGAGGACAAGCUGGAGGGGCUAACUUCCCCCGUCAACACCCACCCCCUGGUGCUCCGUACGGGAGUAGUGCUCCACCUGGUGGCCCCUCUCCCCACGGAUCUCCGUACGGGGGUAGUGCUCCACCAGGACAGUAUGGAGGCUCUGGCCCAUCGGGCUACGCCCCGUACGGGGGAGCGACCGCCCCUCCAGGGAGUCAAAAUGCUGGAGGGGCUGCACCAGGAGGGCCCUACGGGGGCUAUGGGGCCCCAGGACAGGGGAGGCAGGCUGGGGGAGCACCAGGGGCCCCAUACGGAGGGGGACAGACCCCUGGAGGGCCCUAUGUUGGGGGGUAUGGAGGACAGCCACAGGGCGGGCCCUAUGGACAGCAGUCUCCAGCAGGUAACAUACCACCAGGGGUGAACCCAGAAGCAUACCAGUGGUUCCAGACAGUGGACACCGAUCAUAGCGGCUCCAUCACUCUAAAGGAACUGAAACAGGCUCUGGUAAACUCCAACUGGUCAGCCUUUAACGACGAGACCUGCCUUAUGAUGAUCAACAUGUUUGACAAGACCAAGUCUGGCCGCAUCGACCUGUUUGGGUUCUCAGCCCUGUGGGUCUUCAUGCAACAGUGGAGACAGCUGUUCCAACAGUACGACCGCGACCGCUCCGGCUGCAUCAGUGGCACUGAGCUACACCAAGCCUUGUCCCAGAUGGGAUAUAACCUGAGUCCCCAGUUCACUGAGACGAUAGCGGCUAAGUACGCUGUGAGCUCUGGGCGUCCUGGUUCCCUGCAGCUAGACUCUUUCAUCCAGGUGUGUACACAGCUACAGAGCAUGACGCAGGCCUUCAGGGAGAAGGACUCCGCCAUGACAGGAAACAUACGCAUGAGCUACGAAGACUUCCUCUCCACCACCGUCAACAGGCUGAUGUGAGAGGGACAAAUGGUAUUGUUCCACCUCCCAGUGGUGGCUGGUGACACUUUACAUAGGGUGGGAACAGGCUUUUAUAGUAUCAUCUUUUUUUGAUUUACUCCAUUCCAGUUGUUAUUUUGAGCUGUCCUCCCUUCACCAGCCUCCGGUGCCAGCCACCAAUAAUAGGCAAAUAAGCCAACACCCUGAAAUCAAGAUGGAGGACAAAUGAGUCAAACUGAGGAUGAGGAAAUGGAGGAGACACAAUUAAUCACUCUCUUCGUCUCUGUGUGUGUGUGUGUGUGUGUGUGUGUGUGUGUAUCACACACAAGGGUAUGGAGUCUAUAUAUAUAUAUAUAUGCCUACUGCCAACCUGCUCACAAGCAUCCUUAAUAUGUCAACUCCAGGACUUGAUUUGCAUGAUGGAACUUGAUGUGCCAUUUUAACCUCAUGUGUAGUGUCUAUCUCAUAGGGCCAGUUUCCUGAACCAAGAUUAAGCCUCAUCCUGGACUACAAAGCAUUUUCAGUACAGAUUCCCAAUUGCCAAUGCUUUUUUAGUCCAGGGCGAAGUCUUAAUCUUGGUCUAGGAAACCAGCUCAAAGUAUAGCCGGGUAUCAGUUAACAUUGCAUGUAUGACAUAUAGUUACAUUUACAUUUAACAUUCUGGGUACGUCUAUAAGAGUGAUUACAGCUGUGAGUCAUUCUGGGUACGUCUAUAAGAGCGAUUACAUUUACAUUUAAGUCAUUUAGCAGACGCUCUUAUCCAGAGCGACUUACAAAUUGGUGCGUUCACCUUAAGACAUCCAGUGGAACAGCCACUUUACAAUAGUGCAUCUAAAUCUUUUAAGGGGGGGGGAGAGAAGGAUUACUUUAUCCUAUCCUAGGUAUUCCUGAAAGAGGUGGGGUUUCAGGUGUCUCCGGAAGGUGGUGAUUGACUCGGUACACUUGAAUAAUGCGCCAGAGCCAAUUUGAAUAAUUUUGACAACAUGGCUUUACUCCAAACCACUACCGUAUCUGCUGGUAGCUGUGAUGGUUAUGACUGUUGAUGAUCACCGUUGUACAGUUAUAUUUCAGCCAUUGGAUAGUUCAGGACCAAUCUGUCUUUUAUUUAAUCAAAUGGAUUGUUUACUGCCAUAACUUGAAAUGAUAUUCUAUUAAAGUUUUCAAAACUUGA